UGGGGGAAGAAAUCGGAGUCUCGAAAGUCCAAACUCCAAACCCUGUUGGAGCUUGGCUUGCUCAUGUCAAACCCACAACCAGAAGCUCCAAUUGUGUCUCAUUGGUGACCAAAUCCAAAAGCUGCAAUGUUUGGUGCCAGAAAUCUCCACAGACAUUGCUUCAAGUCCCUCUCUUCCCUCCUUCAACUUCAAUCCAAUCUCUCCAAAAAUGUUGUACCUUUAGGACACACACCGGAGUGCAGCAACAUUGUUAAGGUUGGAGAAGCAUACCAUGGAGUUGGUUUGUAUUGUUAUGUUAAGCGGUUGAGUCUUUUGAAUGGAUCGUUGUCUCGGGCAAUGUCAACCUCCAAAGGAAGGAGUAUGCGCAGCAAGGUGGAGAGGCGAAUGCAGAAAGAGUCUGGUAAGACUUUAAGGGAGAUUCGGAGAGCGAAGAAGUUGAAGAAGAAGCUUAUGACUGAGGAGGAGAGGCUUAUUUACAAUCUCAAAAGAGCCAAGAAGAAAGUGGCGUUGCUUCUACAGAAACUCAAGAAGUAUGAGCUACCAGAGCUGCCUCCUCCUCGGCAUGAUCCAGAGCUCUUAACACCUGAACAGCUUCAGGCAUUUAAAAAAGUUGGAUUCAGGAAUAAGAACUAUGUCCCAGUUGGUGUACGUGGUGUUUUUGGAGGAGUUGUGCAAAAUAUGCAUCUCCAUUGGAAGUUUCAUGAGACCGUGCAAGUUUGUUGUGAUAACUUCCCCAAGGAAAAAAUAAAAGAAAUGGCUGCAAUGCUUGCAAGAUUGAGUGGUGGGAUUGUGAUAAAUGUUCAUAAUGUGAAAACAAUCAUUAUGUUCCGUGGCAGAAAUUAUCGCCAACCCAAAAAUUUGAUACCUAUUAAUACCCUUACAAAGAGGAAGGCUCUUUUCAAGGCCAGAUUUGAGCAAGCUCUUGAAUCUCAGAAGUUAAACAUAAAGAAAAUAGAACAACAGCUCCGACGGAUGGGAGUAAAUCCUGAGGAUCCAGCUGCCAUGGCCAGCAUCCAAAGAGUUGCUUCCACGUUCUUCAACGCCAUUGACAAGAAAGAGGGAAGCCCUUAUAUUUUCCGUGAAGGCAAGCAGUCAAUACUUGAACCUACUGAAGCUUUUGAAGAGUCAGAGCCUGCUGUUGAUAGUGAUCAGGAAGAACUAGACCGGUUCAUUGCAGACAUAGAGGAUGCGGCAGAUAAAGAAUAUGAAGCUGAAGAGGCAAAAGAAAAAGAAGAGCUUGGCAUAAUUAGAUACUGGAACAAAGAAGAAUUUGGUGGAAGAUACAGAAGAUCAGAUGCUUCUAGAAAUGAUGAUCGUGAUGUUGAGACUAGAGGCUCAAGGGCUUGGCAGACUAUACAUCCUAAGCAUCUAGCUUCUGAUAGUGAUGAUGAAGAGAACGCUCAUUUUAACAAUGAUGACGAUGAGGAUAGUGAUGAUGAGUGGCGUUUCAAUAAUGUUGUAGAUGCUAGUGAUCUUGACAACAAUUCUAAUGGAUCUAAUGAGACUAGAGGCAGGUUCAAGGAAAGUAGGGGGCAGAGAAAGAAGCCAAAUAACACCGGUAUGGGUAGGAACCGAGAUAGCGAAAAUAUAAAUAGACAUGCUGGAGCUAAAUUUAGGAGGAAUAUGACCAUAGAAGAUUCUGAAUCGGAAGGCGUGUUCAGUGAUGUUGAAAAUGCAAUGUGGGAGUCUGAUGAGGAAGAGAAUAAUAAUGACUCAGGACAUUUGAGAAAGUUCAGUGGUAACUACAAGAGUAGCAGCAGUGAUGAUGAGGGUACAUAUCAAAAAACACUGAGAGACAACAAGGGUGGUGUGAGGCAUCAUGAGGUUGAAGUUGAUGGUUCUGCUCAAUAUCGUAGUAGUUUGGUUGCACCAAAGAGUGUGAGAGGGAAGCAAGGAGUUAACAAAGUUGAUUCUGAAUCGAUGGAUGAAUUUAGUGGUUCAGAAAACUGGCUGUGGCCUUCAGAUGCUGAGGAGGACCACGAUAAGGACCACCUUACAAAUCAAAAUAGUAAUGUGAUCAAAAGUGAUAUCUCUAAGAGGAGAACACCAAAAGAGGCGGAUGAGGCUUGGGACAGUGACUAGCCCAGCAAAUGCAAGACCACAAUGCAAUGUGCUAUUUUUGAACACUGCUUCACAAGCAGACUUGGAACAAUUUGGUCCAAAGUCAUGACGACAUGAAGCCCAAUACAGCCCUGUUUAUUCAGUUCUCACACGGUGCUUCCUCUCAUCUAACCAUUGUCUCAUGUUAUCUGUUCAAGUUCUCAGGUUAUUACUAGCCUCACUAGUCAUAUGAUGGAUAUAUGUGGCACAUUCUUAGUGGAGUUUGAAGCAUCAGACUUUGAUAACAUGCAAAAGAAAUUUGUUUUUUAUGGUUUUUAUUUUUUUUUUAUUUUAUAGUGAAGGAAUAGAAUUUAUAUUUUAAUAAAUUGGAAUUGAAAGAAA